AAUCUAUCGUGCAGCGCGGCAAACCUUCCAGUUUCUUGCUCUAGCCGGGAACUGCUUUCUUGGCGCCCCUUCUCCUCAACGGUCGAAUGUAUACCUCCAGGGACCUGUCUCAUAUCCACAACCCAGCUGGAGGCAUCUCCUUUCGCAUCUGAAAUUUGUCUUACCUGUCCUGGCCGAAGUUGACACCAUUGCAUCAUGAUGUUCAGCCAGUUCUGGUCAUACGGCAUGGCGCUUUGGGGGCUUGUGGCGCGGGCGGCGGCGCAAUACUAUGAGGGCUACGAACUCGAUGAGCCGAUGCUGAGAGGGCCUCCAAGAACCGGUCCUGGAGCGAUGCUGCGCUUCGGUUGCUCACAGGUCGUGAUCGAGCGUCUUGACCCACUUGUCGAUCCCGGGAUGGCGCCAUCCUCACACAUGCACCAAGUCGCCGGAGGGAAUGCAUUCGCCGCCUCUAUGCCCAUGACCGACAUCUCGAAGCUUGGGAGUUGCACGACAUGCCAUUUUAAAGAAGACGUCUCCAACUACUGGACGGCAAACCUGUACUUCAGAGCCCGCAAUGGCAGCUACAAGCGUGUGCCCCAGAUGGCAAACCAGUUCAACGACGGCGACAACGCCGGGAUCACCGUCUACUACACCUCGCCUGGCCCAGGCUUGACGACGGCCUUCAAGCCGGGCUUCCGGAUGCUCACCGGUGAUUCCACGCAACGCAAGUCGGACAAUCUUGGCAAGAACACGCAACAAUGCUACCGCUGCUUCACAGCCGAGAAUUUCGGCGGGAGUAUGUAUUCGCCCUGCAUGGACCCCGAACUGGACUCGGAUCACUUCCCAAGGCGACCAUGCCCUGGUGGGAUACGGUCCAACAUCAUCUUUCCCCUAUGCUGGGACGGAAAGAAUCUUGAUACGCCGAACCACAAGGAUCAUGUUUCGCAUCCCGACGCAGGGCCUACUUCAUUCGCCGUGGUCGGUGCCAGUUGUCCCAGCAGUCAUCCUGUAAAGAUCCCCCAGGUCAUGUUAGAAGUCAUGUGGGAUACACGGAAAUUCAACAAUCCUGAAGACUGGCCUGAGGAUGACGGCCAGCCGUUUUAUCUGUCGAAUGGGGACCACACCGGAUUUGGCCAGCAUGGUGACUAUGUCUUUGGCUGGGACAGCGAUUCGCUGCAGAAAGCCAUGGACAACGCUUGCUAUUUACGCAACUGCUCGUUGCUAACGCCGAUAGCGCCAAAGGUCAAGAAUCUAUGUCAGGUCCCGGUAACGGUACCUGAGGACUUCGACGCAUGGCUAGAUGAACUCCCAGGUGGAGGCAGCGGCAUGUAGCACAGUGGCAUAAAUACGCCCUCGAUGUAGGAGAAUGACAGACGGUAGAACAUGGCUGUGGCCUAAUCAACAUUGGUGGCUAUUAAACCCAUGAAUACUGCCUAUGCACAGAAUCAAGUC